UGAGCUACAGAUCUCCCUUGCACAAGCUUCCUCCUUCCGAAAACACCAACCCCAAGCAAUGGCCUCUCGCCGUACCACUUUAGUCUUGCUGCUGUUGCUAUACGUCUACUACGCGCCGAGCUGGGCCUCCUCGCUCUCCUUCAACCUCAACUUCUCCGAUCCCAGCGCCGGUUCAUCCAUCAAAGUCACCGGCGAUGCACUGAUCAGCUCGUCGUGGCUAGAGUUGACAAAGAAUACGCGUGAUGCAAACAUUCAGAACAGCGCCGGCCGGGCAUGGUACGCGCACAAAGUGCCCCUGUGGAGCAACUCCACCGGCGAGAUGGCUAGCUUCACCACCACCUUCUCCUUCCGAAUCACUCCGGACAAGGACAGCCUGCCGCUGACAGGUGACGGCAUGACCUUCUUCCUCGGGCAUUUCCCUUCUGUGAUCCCCCCAAACGGCACCGGCCGCAGCCUCGGCCUCCUCCCCGACUUCACUAACGGGACAGGCGAUAGCCGGAUCGUCGCCGUUGAGUUCGACACUUUCCGCAACGAGCCGUAUGCCGACAUCAACAACAACCAUAUCGGCAUCGACGUCAACUCCCUCAACUCAACGGCAGUGACGGACACGACAACCUGGCCGGGAAAAAACCUCACGUCGCUCCAUGUUAUGGAAGCCACGGUGAAGUACCACAACGACUCCAAGAUGCUGGGUGUUGAUCUCCUCAUCGACGAUGCUCUGUACCAGGUAAAUGCAACCGUCGAUCUCAACAGAUACUUACCGGAGGAGGUCGCCGUCGGCUUCUCCGCGGCGACUGGCGCGGUCGCUGAGCUGCACCAGGUACUGUCAUGGUCAUUCAGUUCCACGCUUGAAUCAAAGAAGGAAGCACCUCCACCUGCUGAACCUCCUCUUCCGGCUCCAACCAGCAGCAACAACCACAAAAAGUUGGUACCAAUCCUACUAGCCAUCCUUGUUCCUCUGUUUUUUCUGUUAGUCUGUGCGGCGGUGGUACUGGGUUGGCGGCGUCACAAGAAAAGAAGAGCAAACGAGGACAGUGAAGAAGAGUGUGACGACAGAGCUGAGCUCGAGAGAGGUGUGGCUGCCUGCGGCGCCAGACGGUACAUGUACCACGAGCUGGUCGCAGCAACGAGCAAUUUCGCGGACGACCAGAAGCUCGGACGAGGCGGCUUCGGGAGCGUUUAUCGGGGUCACCUCACAAUCGCAGCCGCCGUCGGUGGUGACCAAGACCGUCGUGCCGUGGCCGUGAAGGUGCUGUCGGCAGAGUCAUCGUCUCAGGGGAGGAAGGAGUUUGAGGCAGAGGUGAGGAUCAUAAGCAGACUGAAGCAUCGCAACCUUGUGCAGCUGCUCGGUUGGUGUGACAGCCGCAAGGGGCUCCUGCUUGUCUACGAGCUUGUUGCGGAGGGCAGCCUAGACAGGCACCUGUACAGCGACGAUGACAGCUAUCUGACAUGGCCACAGAGGUACAACAUCAUCCUUGGCUUGGGAUCCGCGUUACGCUACCUCCACGGAGAGUGGGAGCAGUGCAUCCUCCACGGCGACAUCAAGCCCAGCAACAUCAUGCUCGACUCAUCCCUCAGCACCAAGCUUGGGGACUUUGGGUUGGCCCGGCUCAUCGACCACGGCGCCGGGUUAAUGCAGACCACGAAGGCCGUGCUCGGCACCGUCGGCUACAUCGACCCAGAGUUCGUCAACACACGCCGACCCAGCACCGAGUCGGACGUGUACAGCUUCGGUGUCGUCCUCCUGGAGAUCGCCUCCGGCCGCCGGCCGGUGAUCGAGACCGCUGAGAGAUCCUUCACGCUGCUCAGCUGGGUGUGGAACCUGUACGGGAGGGACGCGAUCCUUGACGCGGCGGAUGAGCGGCUGAGGGGCAACGAGGCGGACGAGCGGUGGAUGGAGCGGGCACUCAUCGUCGGGCUCUGGUGCGCGCACCCGGACCGGAGCGAGCGGCCAUCCAUGGCGCAGGCCAUGCACGUCCUGCAGUCCGACGAGGCGAGGCUGCCGGCGCUCCCACGGCACAUGUACAGGGCUGCACAGGAUCUUGCGUCCUACGGGUCUUUCUCCGUUGAGAGCUCAGGCUCCGGUUGUGUUCGCUCUUCUUCGGUCAGCACCGGCAACACCACUGUUUCUUCCGAGUCGUCCUCCACCGCGCUGCUACGAGAUUCCAAGGAUCAAGUUAAUUGAUUCGUCCAGAUCUGUAAUUCUUGAUUAAUUUCCUUGUUACCUCCAGUAUGCAAUGUUUCGCGGGAAUGAUGUUCCGUCAAUUUGGAUGCUGUUUUAGCUGCAUUAACUUUUUUGUAUA